AUCAUGUUGUCAUCAUGUUUUCAGCCUCAGUAACAAAUACAGAUCGUGGCGAAAAUUUAACGUUCGAAUUUUAUGCAAUCCCUAUAUAUACACAUAUAUAGAAGCAAAGAAAUUUCAAAAAAAAAAAAUUACACACUAAAUAUUAAUCCAUUAAUUGAUUAUGGCGAAAUCGGCAUUUUCUUCAAUGAAAUUAGCAUUCCUCGCGGCGGCGGCGAUGCUGCCGGCGGCGGCGCUCGCCGGGUGCACGUGCGAGGCCGACGAGGAGGAUCGCGACAAGACGCUGGCGCUGAAAUACAAGAUGGCGGCGCUGGCGUCGAUCCUGGCGGCGGGCGCCGCCGGCGUGUGCCUCCCGGUGGCGGCGAAGCGGAUUCCGGCGCUGAGCCCGGAGAGAAGCCUUUUCUUCGUGGUGAAGGCGUUCGCCGCCGGCGUGAUCCUGUCGACGGGGUUCAUACACGUGCUGCCGGACGCCUUCGAGAGCCUGACGUCGCCGUGCAUCCCCGAGCACCCGUGGGGGGACUUUCCGUUCACCGGCUUCGUCGCGAUGGUGGCGGCCAUCGGGACGCUCAUGGUGGAUACCUACGCCACGUCGUACUACGGCCGGCGGUCGAGGGUGAAGGCGGCGGAUGGCGGCCACGACGACGAGGAGAGGGCGGUGCCGGUCCAUACCCACGCCGUGCACGGCCAUUCGCACGGCGCGGUGUCGUUGGAGGCCGUUUCCGGUGACACGGAGCUUCUUCGGCACCGUGUCAUCUCACAGGUGUUGGAGUUGGGAAUUAUUGUACAUUCUGUGAUUAUUGGAAUUGCAUUAGGAGCUUCGGAAAGUCCAAAAACAAUAAAGCCUUUGAUUGCGGCAUUGACCUUUCAUCAAUUUUUCGAAGGCAUUGGUCUUGGAGGAUGCAUUACUCAGGCAAAGUUUAAUGCACGUGCGGUAGCGAUAAUGGCGGUCUUUUUCUCACUCACAACGCCCAUAGGUAUCGCGAUAGGUAUUGGAAUAACUAACAUCUACAGUGAGACGAGCCCGACGGCUCUCAUCGUCGAGGGCGUCUUCAAUUCAGCGUCGGCCGGCAUCUUGAUAUACAUGGCAUUGGUCGAUCUUCUCUCGGCCGAUUUCAUGAGCCCGAAACUCCAAAAUAAUGGAAAGCUUCAAUUAGGGGCAAAUGUGUCACUUCUUAUUGGGGCAGGGUGUAUGUCCCUUUUGGCCAAAUGGGCUUAAAUUAGGAAUUAUUUUGUAAUAUUAUUCGAAUAUUCGAUUUUGUUGCAUUUUUAUGCAAUUUAAUU